UAACUAAAAUUGACUUAUUAUGUCCAAAAGAGAAAUAAAUAACAAGGCGAGAAGGGCACAAAUACAGCUACGAACCCUUAAACAAGUAACAUUUGAAAAGCAGAAACGCCAACAAAAUAUACAGCAGAAGACCAUGAAAAGAAGCAGCAAAUCACUUGCCGACCUCUGCAACCUUGUUGUCUCCUCUAAACUUAUUUCUUCAACUAAUCCAUUAAACCCCAUCAAGCCUUUUCCAUUAAUUAGGCCUCUAUCUUCCUCCAACACUAAGCCUACUAUAAAAACAGCAAAACUACAUCCUUCUUCACCAAAAUCUCAUAGAGACUCCCUCAUUCUUGAAAAGUUCCGACAAAGAAAGCUCAAAGGCAACUCCGUCUCCAAACCUACCUCUACUGUUGUUGAAAAGGAAAGAGAAAGGGAUGACGUUGAUUCUGAGAAUGACAAGAACAAAUGUGGUGCUACGAAAUUUGUUUCUAGUUUCCAAGAACUGGGGUUGGAAGCUGACAUAAUUGGGGCUUUGAGUGAGAUGGGAAUAUGGAUUCCUUCUGAAAUUCAGUGUGUUGGGAUCCCAGCUUUGUUGGAUGGGAAAAGCGUCGUCUUAAGCUCUGAAUCUGGAUCUGGAAGGACUUUGGCUUUCUUGUUACCCCUCAUACAGCUGCUUAGACGGGACGAGGCGUUGCUCAGCGUGAAGCCAAAGCAUCCUCGAGCUAUUGUUUUGUGCUCUUCGGAGGAACAAUGCGACAAGGAUUUUCAAACAGCAAGAUUCAUCAGCCAUCAUGCUAAGUUGAAUUCUACUUCAGAAUAUGGUUACGGCAAGUCAAGAAUCUCGGAGAAUUUGGCAAAUGACUCAAUAGGCAUGCUUGUUGCUACUCCGAGUGAAACUAUUCAGUACAUUGAGGAGGGAAGUGUUGUUCCAGAUGACAUCAAAUACUUGGUAUUGGAUGAAAUGGAUGCCAUGUUCGAUCAUGGCUUUGGUUCCGAAAUUCACAAGAUCCUCAACCAAUUAAAGAAUCAACAACUAUCAAAAACCAAAGACCUUGGACUUCAAACUGUUUUAGUCACUUCAACAAUAACAAAGAUGUUGGGGAAAAAGUUAUACCCUCUUAUGGAGCAUCUUGAACAAAAUAAUGCUGGAAAAGUGGCUGCGAUGUUGCUGGAGAUGGAUCGACAAGAGAUUCUCCAUAGCUCGUGUGAGCAACAUCAUGUAGCUUACAUUUUGAUCUACGGCUCGUGUGAGCAGGCCCAUUUCACAGCUGGUGUGAGUAUUAUUGAAAAAGAAAUGUUACAAUCAUAUGGAAAGGCACUCUAUGUAUUAUUGGAAGCUCGAUCAAUUGGAAGCUCGUCGGAGACCUAUCACAUUAUCCAGUAACCAUUUUGGUAGUUUUUGAGUAUUUUAGCCAAGGUUAAUAAUGGCAUGUAUAGGAUCUUUGUAAUGGAUGUUUUGGCAUAUUUAUGCUUUUCAAGUUAUUUUUUGAUUGAUGAA